GCGUCCUGGCCAUGGCCGGCCUGUCGGACCUGGAGCUGCGGCGGGAGCUGCAGGCCCUCGGCUUCCAGCCAGGACCCAUCACCGACACCACGCGGGACGUCUACCGCAACAAGCUGCGCCGCCUGCGGGGCGAGGCCCGGCUGCGCGACGAGGAGCGGCUGCGGGAGGAGGCCCGGCCGCGCGGCGAACUGCGGCUGCGGGAGGAGGCCCGACUACGCGAGGAGGCGUCGCCGCGCGCCCGGCCCGCCGCGGCCUCUCUGCGGGCGGAGCCCUGGCUCUCCUCUCCGGCCUCGGCCUUCACGAACCCCGGGGCCUAUGGCGAUCUCGGGGCCUCCGCGGCUUCCUGGGCGGGGGGCCGCGGCCUCGCCUAUCCCGCCCGCCCCGCACCGUUCAGGCGCCGGGCCUCGGUCCGGGGCAGCUCUGAGGAGGACGAGGACGCCCGGUCGGCCGACAGGGCCGCGCUGGGCCCGGGCCUCCCGGGCCGCCGCUGGUGGGCCGCGUCCCCUGCCCCGGCGCGGCCGCCCUCCUCCCUCCUCGGCCCCGACCCGCGCCCGGGCCUGCGGGCCACGCGAGCCGGCCUUGCGGGCGCGGCGCGGGCCCGACCCGAGGUGGGGCGGCGGCUGGAGCGCUGCCUGUCUCGGCUCCUGCUCUGGGCCAGCCUGGGGCUGCUGCUCGCCUUCCUGGGCAUCCUGUGGGUGAAGAUGGGCAAGGCCUCGGCGCCGCAGGAGGCGGAGGACAACAUGAAGUUGUUGCCAGUGGACUGUGAGAGGAACUCGGAUGAGUUCUGUCAGGCCAAGCAGAAGGCCGCCCUGCUGGAGCUGCUGCACGAACUCUACAACUUCCUGGCCAUCCAAGCCGGCAAUUUUGAGUGUGGGAAUCCGGAGAAGCUGAAGAGCAAGUGCAUCCCUGUUGUGGACGCGCAGGAGUAUCUCGCAAACGUGACGAGCAGCUCCUCCGCCAAGUUUGAAGCCGCACUGACCUGGAUACUGAGCAGUAACAAGGACGUGGGCAUCUGGCUGAAAGGGGAGGACCCGUCUGAACUGGUGACGACCGUGGACAAAGUGGUGUGCUUGGAGUCGGCUCGCCCCCGCAUGGGCGUCGGCUGCCGCCUGAGCCGCGCCCUGCUCACCGCCCUCACCAACGUGCUCAUCUUCUUCUGGUGCUUGGCGUUCUUGUGGGGGCUCCUGAUCCUGCUGAAGUACCGGUGGCGGAAGUUGGAAGAGGAGGAACAGGCCAUGUACGAGAUGGUGAAGAAGAUUAUAGAUGUGGUCCAGGACCACUACGUGGACUGGGAGCAGGACAUGGAGCGCUACCCGUACGUGGGCAUCCUGCACGUGCGCGACACGCUGAUCCCUCCACAGAGCCGGAGGCGCAUGAAGAGGGUCUGGGAGCGAGCCGUGGAGUUCCUGGCCUCCAACGAGUCCCGCAUCCAGACUGAGUCCCACCGCGUGGCGGGAGAAGACAUGCUGGUGUGGAGAUGGACUAAGCCCUCCUCCUUUUCGGACUCGGAGCGAUAAAGCCGCGGCAGGGGCCUGUCCCACCAGCCUGUCCCAGCGCAGCCCGCCACAGGGCCCCCGGGGCUCUCAGAGCGGUGCUGAGUUCACACUUGCCUUGACCUUUUCACCUCCUGAUCAGCUCCGAGGGUCUCCGAAAGAGGAACUUGGUUUAGUAGGAACCUGGGGGCGGCCUUGAGAGUGGAGGGGAGGAGCCGGGGGCGAGGGCCAGUCCCCCUGCCCUGCUUUGCUGGCCUGAAGGGGAGAAGGGUUUGCUUUUCAAGAAUAGGUGCUGCCGAGCCGUGCCAGCGAGUGAUGCCGGAGCGGGCGGCACUGCCUGGGAGGUGGUUCGGGGGUGGCUGGCUGGGAGCGGCUUGGUCCAUGUGCCUUCGGGGGUGCUAGCCGAGAGCUCCAGGGUUAGGGGAGAGCGCCUGGCCUCUGGCUGGACUGCUAGACAUUAGAGCUGACUGUAGGGGACUGUAGAAAACUCGGGCACUCAGGUUGGGAGUGGGGCCGGGGCAGCCCGUAGAGAAGUAUCUGGCCCCUCUGCCCUGGGGCUUCUCCCUGAAGCCACUGUAGGCCAGCCCUGCAGCCAAAAGCUGCAUCAGCCCCGGACGCCGGCCCAGGAUGCCAGAGGGUCCGUCAAGGCGGAGAGCGCCGCCACCUCUGUGCCAAGAUCACCCAGCUCCACUGGGACCACGCCGACCCCGGCCCGUGGCUGUGGAACCACAACUUUAAGUGCGGCGGUGGCCGCAUGCUGCCCCCUGCCGGCCGCUCGGGGCGGUGCCCGCGGGCCGCAGAUGCCACCCCCGCCCGCGGGGUCUGCCCUCCUGCAGGAACGCCCCGCGGGGACCUUGUGAAGUGCCGAAGACUCUCCGGGAGCCUCAUCCGCACACGUCCACAUCUGCAGCCGGUGGUGGAGCGGGGCCGGCAGCUGCUGCAGGAGACGCCAGGCAGCCCUUCUGGUCUUCGUGGUUUUGUUUCCUUAAUAAAGCUCCAGCGUCCUCAUUUGAGCGAUACUGGUUCCCUGUGAACUCGGGAUGGUCGGCGGGGCCGCUCCUGAUCAGAUACCAGCCGGAAGAAUAGGAACACCGCUACAGGCUUUGGUUUCAGGGUUGGAACUGCUGGAUAAAUAAACUAUUUAUU